CUUUAUAUGUUUAUCAUAUUGAAACUAUCGCCAAGAUAGAGUGAUCAACAUGUUGUUUGGUACGCGACACUGCCUCAUUUAGGUGAACCCAUGCCCAAGUAGGAAGUGUAUAAGAUGCAUUGUAAAUCGUUACGUUCCUGGUAAAACUACGCGCCAUAUAUCUAUUAUAUAUUUACAAUAUGUAAUUACCAUACGGACAUGAUUCUAGUCAGCGUUCUACAAGUAAUUCUGACAACAGGGCUAUGUGCGUCAUUAUUCAGUCGACUAGAGCAGGUGGAAAGGGUAGCCAUGGCUGUUUUGGAAAUUGAUUGCCCAGGUAAACAGACCUUUGUCGAUAGACGCGAAAUCACAGAGGUGUGACUUGAGAAUCAGGAAGUUGGCAUUGACAGCUGCUGUAGGUGAUGACGGUGCGUGUGACAACAUGAUUCGGUGACGUCGGGCUGUCAGACAUGCGGACCAUGGCCGAGGAUCGAGUUUCCAAGCUGUUUAUGCUGGUGUGCUGUUGUUUCUGCAUUACCACGCUAUUGAUGACGUAUAACACUUUUUUCAUUGAUGAGGAAACUGUAGAAAUUGUUGAAGAAGAUGAUUUGUAUGAAGAUAUUCAAAACAGGAAUUUCCGGGAUAAGGACCGGCCUGUCAACAUGGGAUCACAUACACAUGAAGACGAUGACAGAACCAAGGCCGAUGAACUUUACAAUAGAGUGCGCGUGCUGUGUUGGAUAAUGACGUCACCGUCUAACCUGGACAGGAAGGGCCUGGCCGUUAGGUCAACAUGGGCAAAACGCUGCAAUAAAUACAUAUUCUUCAGUAGUGUGACUAACGACAGUUUCCCCACUGUAGGACUUAAUGUGUCCGAGGGGCGACAACAUCUCACCGGCAAAACAGUACAGGCAUUUACCUAUUGCUACGAAAACUACGGUAAUGAUUUUGAUUGGUUCCUCAAGGCGGAUGACGAUACCUACGUCAUUGUAGAGAACCUGCGUUUCUUUCUAUCACAUCACAAUCCUAAAGACUUGGUUUACUUUGGCCAUCGGUUCAAGGUUAUUGUAAAACAAGGAUAUUUCAGUGGGGGUGCUGGGUAUGUCCUCAGCCGACAAACUUUGAAGAAAUUUGUAGAAGUGGGUCUUCGUAACCCACUGUUGUGUCGUCGUGAUGGUGGAGCAGAGGACGCAGAGAUAGGCAAAUGUAUGCAAAGAUUAGAGGUCAAAGUUGGGGACUCUCUGGACAUCAAUGGUCGAGAAUCAUUCCACCCAUUCACACCCAUAGCCCACCUUCAAGGAAACUACCCAGCCUGGUUUUACAACCAAACUUUUCACAAAGCACAGAAGGGUCUAGGAUGCUGCAGUGAUUACAGCGUUUCUUUCCAUUACAUGAGUCCAGCCGACAUGUAUUUGAUGGACUAUCUGGUUUAUCACCUCCGACCGUUUGGACUCCAUCGUAGAGACAAAAAGACCGAUUACUUUUUACCAGAAGGCAAACACUGAAUGUUGUGUAGUGCCAAUUUAGAAGAAAUAUAUACAUAAUGAUCUGUCAUGUUGGAAACAACGUUUCCUUUGUCGUGAUGUUAUUAUAUACAUUUGUUUAUGUAUUUUUUUUUCGUUUGACAUGAUAUUAUGAUAUUUUUCCCUAAAAGGUGACGUAAUUCAAACGUUUUCUAUGACGUGAUGUAAUUAUCACGUUUACUGUGACAUGAUGUAAUCUAAACGUUUUCUAUGACGUUAUGUAUUAUAACGUUUUUGUGAUGUGAUGUAAUUAUAACGUUUUCUGUGAUGUGAUGUAAUUAUAACGUUUACUGUGACAUGAUGCAAUCUAAACGUUUUCUAUGACGUUAUGUAUUAUAACGUUUUUUGUGAUGUGAUGUAAUUAUAACGUUUUCUUUGAUGUAGUUUAAUCAUAACGUUUUCUGUGAUGUGAUGUAAUUAUAACGUUUACUGUGACAUGAUGUAAUCUAAACGUUUUCUAUGACGUUAUGUAUUAUAACGUUUAUUGUGAUGUGAUGUAAUUAUAACGUUUUCUUUGAUGUGAUGUAAUUAUAACGUUUACUGUGACGUGAUGUAGAUUAAACAUUUUUUAUGACGUUAUGUAUUAUAACGUUUUCUGUGACGUGAUGUAAUUAUCACGUUAACUGUGACAUGAUGUAAUUUAAAGGUUUUCUAUGACGUUAUGUAAUUAUAACGUUUUCUGUGACGUGAUGUAAUUUAAACGUUUUCUAUGACGUUAUGUAAUUAUAACGUUUUUUCACCGGAUGCAAUUAUUACGUUUCCUGUGACGUGAUGUAAUUGUUUCAUUUUCUGACAUGGUAUUGCAACUGAUUCGGAUUGACAUUAUAACAUCAUAUGAUUAACAUUUAGUUUGACGUUUAUAUAACUUUUGACACACUAGAAGCAUAAUAUGGUUCAACUUGUCCCUUAGGAUUUAGCUGCCUCCUAUUAUCAAGUUAGUUGACUAUGUCGGUGAUACAUAACUGUACAUUGUUUAGAUACAUUUCGAAACACAUUGAUACAAAGUCACGUGUCUAGUCAGAGUAUUGGUAUAUAUUUUUUUUACAAAUCCAAAGCUUUUCGGGGGGGGGGGGGGGGGGGUCUUGAAAUAUAUCCCAGCCUUUAAUAACGUAAAACGAUGCUUAGCCUUGAGAUAAAACUGUGCUUAGAUAACGAUGAAGUGUCGUUCGAUACUGUCACGGUCCAGAGAUAAAACUGUAAUGGUUAAGUGUCGUUCGAUACUGUCACGGUCUAGAGAUAAAACUGUAAUGGUUAAGUGUCGUUCGAUACUGUCACGGUCCAGAGAUUAAACUGUUGUUGUAAAGUGUCGUACGAUACUGUCACGGUCAAGAGAUAAAACUGUAAUGGCGAAGUGUCGUACGAUACUGUCACGGUCAAGAGAUAAUGGUUCUGAGAUCUGAUGUGACGGUUAUGUGUCGUUGUGAUCUGAUGUGACGGUUAUGUGUCGUAGGACACUUACAGUCUAGAGAUAAAAUUUGUUGAGAUCUGGUGUGAGGGUUAUGUGCCGUAGGACACUUACAGUCAAGAGAUAAAAUUUGUUGAGAUCUGAUGUGACGGUUAUGUGCCGUAGGACACUUACAGUCUAGAGAUAAAAUUUGUUGAGAUCUGGUGUGAGGGUUAUGUGCCGUAGGACACCUACAGUCAAGAGAUAAAAUUUGUUGAGAUCUGAUGUGACGGUUAUGUGUCGUUGAGAUCUGAUGUGACGGUUGUGUGUCGUUGAGAUCUGAUGUGACGGUUAUGUGCCGUUGAGAUCUGAUGUGACGGUUAUGUGCCGUUGAGAUCUGAUGUGACGGUUAUGUGCCGUUGAGAUCUGAUGUGACGGUUAUGUGUCGUUGAGAUCUGAUGUGACGGUUAUGUGCUGUAGGACACUUACAGUCUAGAGAUAAAAUUUGUUGAGAUAUGAUGUGUAAGUAUUGUGCGAUGUCGUCCUACGGAGAUCUGAUGAUAUUGUCUAUUGUUUUAUGUUGGACAUUUGCGAUAAGAAAAUUAAUAUGAAGUAUUAAACCCCAUCGAAGAUAAUUCAGAUUGAAAUUUAAAUAAUAAAGUAGUUGUGAGAAAUAUAAAAAUUCGUAAUGGUUGACAAAAAUACAAAGUAAACUGAGAAGUUGGAAGAUAUCACUUGAAGGUAACCUAAUUCGUAAUGGUUGACAAAAAUACAAAGUAAAUUGAGAAGUUGGAAGAUAUCACUUGAAGGUAACCUAAUUCGUAAUGGUUGACAAAAAUACAAAGUAAAUUGAGAAGUUGGAAGAUAUCACUUGAAGGUAACCUAAUUCGUAAUGGUUGACAAAAAUACAAAGUAAAUUGAGAAGUUGGAAGAUAUCACUUGAAGGUAACCUAAUUCGUAAUGGUUGACAAAAAUACAAAGUAAAUUGAGAAGUUGGAAGAUAUCACUUGAAGGUAACCUAACCAUAUAGCCCUGGUUUACUUUGUUGGAAUCAAGUUUUAAAAUAACCCUCGGCUUCAGACCUACUUAUUCGUUAUGCUAACUUAGAAUUGCGUAUCCGUUAUACAUGUAGCUGACAUUGCUCUAGACAUACUUCUUGAGGAUAAUAUCAACACUGCUAGUAUUCUUGCCUUUUCACCACCAACAGAAGUAUGAACAGAUGACUAGCUACCAAUGAGACUUCUGUGUAAUAUACAAUAUGUUCUUUGUUUUAAUGGAAUAAUGCUGGAGUAUCGAUGAGUAAUUGUGUGGAUGGAAAAAGUAUAAAUUGUGGAGCGAAUUUAGUAUGGACAUUAUUAUAUUUAUACAAGCUUACUUGUUGAGGUUUUUAUACAUUUAAUAAAGAGGGAUCAUUAAAACCUUU